AUGAACAACCAUGUCAACAUGCGGAUACAACUGGCCGAUACGCGGAUAUCUUCCAUUCCGCCGCCCGUAGAUGAAGAGAAUACCUGGAGUUGCAGAUCAUGGCCGUCCAUGCAAUACCAAGAGGGCGUACCAGCUCGCAAACAUGUCCCCGAAGACGAGGGUAUGCGAACAAUGAGCAGGGACUCUUCGUUCACGCCAAUAUCCUGGGUUUAUCUUGGCUCUUCAGCCACCUCUUGUCCGACUGAGAACUCGGUCGAGAUCUUGGUCUACAGCGGGCUGCUCUAUCGCAGGCCGGAACUUGUGACUGCAUUGCAUUACCACAUGUUGGAGUCUUAUCAGAUACGCGAAGCAGCCAAAUACGUUCAACUAAUGCGUGGGAAAUAG